AUGACAUAUCAAUUAUCUAGUGCAGGUUAUACAGGAAGUAGGCUUUGCCGCCCCGGCACGGCAAAGCUCGCAGAGAUAUUAAAUGCACCCGCAGACAUUAUAUACUAUGCGUGUGGGUGGAAAUUCAAUGUAUUCUACACAUCGGCGCAUCAAUGGUUUGGAUGCGGUGAUAACGAAUUCAACCAAAUGGGAUAUACAAGCGGUGACACCGAUAAAAUUCAUGUACUUGCUCAUCUAAAAGACAUAAUUCCAACAAUUUUCGUUUGCGGUGAUAAAUUUACAGCAAUAGUUUCAGAAGACGGCCUUUUGUACACAAUGGGCCACGAUUAUGGCCGCACACCAACAAAGAGAACACUCGAACAUAAAAUAUCAUUUAUUGCAGCCGGACAACAAUCAUUAGUCGCGAUUCCAGACGGCCCAGGCAUCUACUUUUGCGAAUCUGGUAAGUCAGAGAUGAAAUACGAAUGUAAAAACAUUACAUUUGUCGAUGCAGCUGCAGGAGAGACACAAUUCCUUGCGUUAUCGAACGACGGCCGCGUAUUUUCAUGGGGUAAAGGUAAACCAUGCGGACAAGGCAGCAAAUUCGUCAGCCAAAUACCAAAGCCAGUGAACAUCGAAGGAAACCCAACAAUUGCCCGUGUUUUCGCAUACAACAACACAUCAUUCUUACUUGAUACGGAUAACCAUCUUUGGGCAGCCGGUAACAACAAAAACGGGCAAGCAGGUCUCGGUCCAUCAAUUAAAGUUACAAACACAUUCUUACGAAUUCCAGAUUUCACCGACAACACUAUUACAUCUGUCUCCGUUGGUGAUGCUAUGUCAUACGUUCUUACAGAACAAGGUGAAGUCUUUUCUACAGGUGAUGGUGACGAUUCACGUUUAAUGCAAGACCACAUUGAUUCAUCAUCAGUUUUCAGUCCAUGUGCUCUUCUUAAACGUAAGCGUGUUUGCUUUAUUUCUGCUGGAUGUUCACAUGUUAUUGUUGCAUCCGGUAUGCGAAGUAUUUUACCACAUCCUAUCCUUGGGUUGAGUUCAGCCACAUCUAGUUACCCUAAAACAUUCACAAGCAUUUCGAAAAACUUCGUUGUCGACAUCAGUGACGCCUCAUUCAAUAUUUUAGGGUACGAACGCGGUGACAUUGUUGAAUUUGACGGAUGUGGCCAAGUUUGUAUCGAAGGCUUGAUAUAUACAAACGAAGUUGCACUUCGUAAAUCUAACGGCGAAAUCAUCACCGCUAACGAGAAAGAAUACUCAAGUUACCACGCUAUUUUUAAACUUGUCUCACGAAAAUCAGGCGGUCCAUUUGUUGAAAAGUACGGUCGCUCAGACAUCAAAUACAUCUUUGACCAGUCACAUGAAAAAUGCCUUUACCGUCACGGUUUUGUUUGUGGCGAGAAAGUCAGCCACGAAUUACUUGGCGAAGGUAUUGUUUAUGGUGUUUUAGGGGGCAGUAUCUGGUUUGGUUGGAAAGAAGAUAACUGGGAUGCAUCACGCUCUGAAUUAGUUGAUCCUCUUCAGAUCCAUUCUCUUCUCAGUAUCACCGAAUCAAAACGAAAAAUCGAACGUAUGGAACUUUUUCCAGGUAAGAUUGCGAACGUCGAAACAGAACCAUGCGACUUGCUUAAGUCAUACGGUAUUUUGCGUGGUGACAUCUGCUUCAACGGUGAUAAGUUAGUUCGUGUUUUAGGCAGCUUUUUACACUUUGCAGUUGUUCAAACAGUUGUUGGUGGUAAACUUUCAACCGAAUUACCAUCUAAUUUAAUUCUUAAGCGUCGUAAAUCGAAUUCCCCCGUUUUAACCACGAUCAUUUCAUUGAAUGGUCAAGCCGUCGAUGUUGAUGUUUCAUACCGUGAAGAAGACAAUCUUUAUCCUCUUGACCGCAUUUUGAGUCAUCGUGGUUUCGGUACCGUCAUUGGCAAAGACAUCAACAGCUCUGAAUAUUGGGUUUAUAUGGACGACAUCUAUGUUCUUAACGGUGGCUGUAUUUUAGUUCCUCACACUAAUCUUCAAGUUAUUCGACGAAUUGGAAGUUGCCAAACAAGUUCUGACAUCUAUUCAUUUAGUUUCGAAACAUUCUAUGAAAGUAAUCUUAAUCCCGGUGAUGUUUGCAGUAUCGAAGGCGAUAAUUAUUUAGUUUUAGGUGUUCAACCAGACGAACAUCUUUACAAACUACUUGAUUUAACACGCAAAGUAACUAUUUGUCGAUCAGUUCAUGAUUCAGAUGAUUGGGACGUUAUCUACCGCUCCGGUUUCGACUACAAGCGUACCGACAAAACACUUCGUAACUUGGAGUGCCAGUUUUCGGUUUGUUUGGAAUCAUUCGAAGGUCGUCGUAUGAAACCCGGUGAUUUAGUUUGUACUCCCGAAGGUAGUGCGGUUGUUGUUGGAAUGCUUGUUGACGAUGUUUGGUUCAAACACGACGAAGAUUGUGGUUCAGUUUGUUUCCCUCCUCAAUCUAUUUUUGGCAGUAGUAUCAAAGUCAUCAAACGACUUGGAACAGAUUUACUUUAA